CGGGACCGGGACAGCGGGAUCGGGGCCGGGACAGCGGGAUCGGGGCCGGGAUUAGGGCCGGGACAGCGGGACGGUGCUCUCUCAAGGACGGCAGCCGUGCCCGCGGCGCGGGAGCGAGCUGCAGCCCCGGGGCUGCUGCCGCCGUGCCCGGCCCGCCCGCCCUGCUGCGCGAAGGCGCCGCCGGCCGCAGCGCUGAGACCGCCCCAUGGAGGCGGAGAGCGGCUCGGGCGGCAGCCGGGACUCGCUGGGCAGCCUGACGGCGGCCGAGGUGCUGGUCCGCUCCACGGCGGCCCGCAGGGAGCAGCCCCCGGCCGGCGGCCGCGGACGGAAGGUGCCGGUGGCCGUGCAGAGGCUCCGUGCCGGGGGCUCGCCCUGCCCGGCGGACCCGGCUGCGGACGGGGCUCCCCGCGCUGGCCCGGCCCGGGCCCCGGGAGCCACCGGCGCCGCCCGCGACUCCCCCGGCGCAGCUCCAGGAGUCCUAAACACCAAAGCAUAUCCAGAACGCCUGCUUCCAGUUGAAAAUUCAGAGCCCAUGUUUUUAUCCCAAAAGGAUCCUCCUAAAGAAGCUGCAGCACAAGAUGGUCCUUUGAUGCUGCUGGAAAAUAGCAGAGGACCUGAAGAUGAUGUUUUUAUUUCCCAGUAUGCUACUGGCCAGAAGGAGGCUCUGAGAGCAGUAUUAAUGCAAAAAACUCAGGUUAUCCCUGUUCAUAAGGAGGUGAAGGUGCAGCUCUUGGGAAGUGCAGCCUCCACAGAAAAAAGGGAAGGUGCUGGGCGUGACAUCAGGUCAGCACCCAGGGAAGUUGAGUCUGCAACAACCAUUGCAGCAGCCACUGCUGCUGCCAUUGCCACCACAGCUCCACUUCUCAAGGUUCAGAAUGAUUUGGAAGCAAAAGUGAACUCAGUUUCAGAACUGCUUCAGAAGCUGCAGGAGACAGACAGGCAGCUGCAACGAGUGUCUGAACAGCAAAAAAAAAUGAAGGCUCAACAUGAGGAACCCCACUACCAGCAGAGAGUCAGUGAGCUUGAAAAACAAAUGAAUGCUUUCAUGGUGCAAAGGAUUCAGCACCUGGAAAAGCUGCAGGAGCAACAAAUGAAUAUUCAGUCCCAUCUCAUCAGCUCUGCAGUGAACACCCGUGGCCUGCAGCAGGGUCCUGUGCCUGCCCCUGGGCCCCUGGCAGGGCACUGGGAGAAGCCAGAGCAGAGAUCACUCACUACUGAAGCACCUUCAUCUCACAGAGGUUUAUUCCUUGCCAGUGCUGCACCUGCCCAAGUGUUCCCUGAAGCAUAUUCAAGCAAUUUUCCAAGUCAUGGGGGUCAUACCCAAAAAUCUCCUCUAAAGACACCAGUUCCUCGAAGAUAUGCUCCAGAACCUGUACCCAAAAAUGGGAAAAUCUCAGAGAAAGAAAAUUCUGUAGUAGAAAAAGAAAAUAAUCCCAAACCUACAAGAGAAGGUGAAGGGAAAGGUCUGGAACACGUUCUGAAUUCUCAAGAAGCACCACUAAAGCAAAUGGAAUAUUCCAAGAAGACAGCAUUAAACAGCAAUGAAAGGAACUGGCAUGCUGGGAGAGACAGACAGAAUGCUUUGCCUGCAGACUUAAUUCCCUCUUUUGAAAGGUACAAUUCAAUUGAGAAAACAGUGCAAAAAGCAGAUGAUUUACUUCAAGAUCUUGGCAAGUUGAGAAGAGAAAUGCACAACAUUCUGCAGGAAGCAAGUUCAUGGAAAUCUGACUUGACUGAUCUUAUUAAGACAAAAAGUCCUCCUGUUGCACCUGAUCCUCCUGAACAUCAUCCAGUCAGCAAACCAUCCAUCCUUCAAAAUGUCCAAGUGCCAAGGUCUAUCCUGACAGAUGCUGAAAGGAUUUUGAGAGGAGUGCAAAACAGUAAAAAAGUCCUUGAGGAGAAUCUGGAAGCUGUUACUCAUGCAAAAGAUGGAGAUGCCAUGUAUGCUUUCAGUAACUCCUUGACUACAAACAGAGAUGUCCUGGAAGAGAUUCGUAUCCGAAGGGCUGUGGAUGAGUGGAUCAAGGCAAUCAAUGAGGAAAUGCAGACUGAAAUGGCAAGAAGUGAUUCAGAACAAGGGAAAUAUGAUCAAAAAGCCCCAUGGAACAAGAGAGCCCAAAACCUCAGGGCUGUGAAGACCAAGAAAGAAACUAAAGAGAAAACUGAAAACAUCCCAGGAUGCUUGCCAAAAAAGCUUUCACCUCCAGCUCAGCCAUUGCAGAAGCAGGUGGAAGAUAACACCAGGAAACAGAAGUUUAAAACUUACUUUUCUGAAGAUGUGCAAAGCAAAGAAAGAAAGGCAGAUGGAGCUGUAGGUCGAACUGCACUGGUCCAAAAUGAAGAUUAUUUGUCUCAAAUUUAUGGGAAACCAAUUUACCAGGGCCGCCGGAGCACGCUUAAAAAAGAACCCUACCUGAGAUUCACCUCUCCCUCUCCCAAAUCUAAACUUCCCAGACCCAAGCUGAUAGAGACUGUUAGAGGCACAAAGGUGAAGUCAGCAAGGACCCAGACCUGCUCUCACACGCACAAGAUCAUCAGCAGCCCCAGGAAGAAGAAUCCUGUGUAUGCCCCUGCCCAGCAGAGCCAGUACCUCUUCAGCCCCAGCCAGGAUGUCCCUGCUGCCUCUGGUCCUCUGGAAGGCCACCUCAUCCCCAUGGCUAUUCCACUAGGUCAAACCCAAAGCAGCAACACAUCAGUGCAGCCUGCUGGAGUAAUCAUAGAUAAACCACACCCUGUCACAGUUACAACCUCCCUUCCUCCAGUGCCACCAAAGCCUCCAGUGGAGGUAAAAAAGCCAAAUAUAGCUGUGAUAGAGAUGAGAUCAGAGAAAAAGGAGCCACCUCAGCUCUCUGUGCAGGUGUUACCAAAUGUUGAUAUUGACAGUGUUUCAAGUGCCAGUGGGACUGUAAGUCCUGUUCCUCCAAGCUCUGAGCCUCUGCUCCCUCCUGUCAAUGCUGUAAUACAGACUCCGGAAGAAAUACACAGUGAGGAGGAAGACACAAAGCUUCCAGGAGUUAACUUCAUUGAUGUUACUGAUGUCACACAGGAUCAGGAAGAGGAGAAGGAUGAAAUUCCAGAAUUCCUUGAGCCUGUUCUGGAGCUUAAUGGCCAGUUUAAAGUUGCCUCGCCACAGCACAAUGGUCCUUUGUUUCCUCCAGUGGCUUCUGCUCCUCAGCAGCCUGCUGAUAUUUUGGAUGAACUGAUUCAAAAGAGAGAAACUAUAGAGAACAAGUUGGUAAAUUGGGUGGAACAAGAAAUAAUGGCAAAAAUUAUCAGUGAGAUGUGCCCAGCUCAGGCAGAAACAGUGCCCAGCAUUAGCAGCUCCAUAAAGAGUGAAGACAGUGAGGUUGUAACCCCUGGCAUUGUUGAAGUUGCAGGUGGUGGAGGAUUCCAGCUCUUUGUCAAUGCUGGUGUCCCUGUGGACUCAGAAAUGAUAAAUCAUUUUGUAAAGGAAGCUCUCAGUGAAACCAUUGCAACCAUGCUGGGUGACAGCCAGGCUCAGAGAGCAGUUCCUGAUCCUCCUCCUCCUCCUCCCAGCACCACCUCAGUGAUGGAGGCUCCUCUGCCUACUCCAGUGCCAACACCCCAGGCCACACCACCACCAACACCACCUCCAGAAAAAGAACUGCCUGAGGUCAAAACUCCAGAUUCAUCUCCAUCUCCUCCAGAGAUGAGUGGGGAUGUUCAUGGACAUGAAAAAAUUAAAGAAACAGGAGUUGAGAGUGCAGCUGCCACAGGCUGUGUUGUCACCCCUGUGGUCACUCCUGUGGCCACCCCUGACACCACACCUCCCCCUGUAGCCACACCGAGCCCUCCUGUCUCAGAAUGGGGCUCCCAGGCUGAAAAAAGGGAAAGUCCAAAGCUUCCAAACCCGUGGGAUGGUGCAGAACUUCCUCUGGAAGAAGAGAACCCCAGUCCUGUCCCUGAAGAGCCAUUCUGUCCUGAGACUGUGGAGAUGUCAGUGGCCAAUGAUGAGGAACCAGAGGCCUUGGUUUUCCCACCUCAGCAGCUGCCAGGGAGGCCCUUGGAGGCUCUGCCCUGCCCUGCCCAGGUGCCAUCACCUGUGCCCACGGUGAGCUCUGGGGUGUCCAGCCAGGAGAGCAGCCUCACCCCCACGGGCACUGAGACCACGGACAGACCCCUCUCAGAAGGGGAGGUGCUCUUCCCCUAUGGACAUCCACUGCCUGCAGCAGCCUUAGCAGAAGGAGGAAUAUCUCUUCCAAACCUGGCUGAGAGCUUAUCCAGUACUCUCCAAGAUGCCAAUGAAAUGGAUUAUGAUCCUCCAAGUGAAGGGCAGGUGGUGAGGAGAAUGGGUAAAGGCUAUCACAGGGAUCCUGUCCUGGCUCUUUUAACCAAGUUAAAUCAAGCACCUGUUUUUGUACAAGAAAGAAUAGAGCACUCAGAGGAUUCUGAUGGCAGCAUUGGGGAGCUCAGUGCAGGUCAGAGGCCAAGGCUGUCCAGAGCACAGGAGAGAAUCCUGAUGGGAAAUUCCAUUUUUAUGGAGCAUCCAGCUGCUCAGAGCUGUGGGAACAGACCACGCCAGGGUCUCCGUUCUGCAUCUCCAGGGCAGCUUACCCAAAUUGGAGCAGAAAUUCUUGAAGAUGCAGAUACAAGUCCUAGUCCAAUGCUUUUGGCUGAACUGGAGUCACAGCCAGGUUCAAAUCCUGCUCUGCCAGCAGCCCAGCCAAGCUGCAGAAGGACAGCACUCCCAGAGGAUCUGUCCCAGGAGGAAAGCCAAGGAGCUGCACACGUUCAGGCUGUGAGACCCCGAGUUGUCUUUGUGAGAAGGAAAUCUGAGGAGAUGCAGCAAGAAGGCUUUUGCUAAAGACUCUCCACAGCACCCUGGAUGUAGCAGCCAGUGAAGCAGAGCAGAGCUCUUCUUUCACAGAGCAGGGAGAACCACCACAACCUGAGAGGCUGAAAUAGUUUGUGCAGCCUGUGUUGCUCCUUGAAUUUGCCUCAUUUCUGAGAGAAGAUCUUGGAAACUGGAGGAAUUAAAUCACUUGGCUGUAAUUAAGGUAUUUUUCAGGCAACUGUUCCAUGGAAGUUUUUUUCAGGGCUUCUUCAGAAGUCUUCUUGUCACAGACUCUCCGGAUGGUGUGGGUUGUAAAGGACCUCAAGGAUCAUUUAGUUCCACCCCCUGCCAUGGGCUGGGACACUUCUACUAGACCAGGUCCCAUCCAGCCUGGCCUUGAACUCUUCCAGGGAUGUUUCUGAUCUAUUUUUCCUCUGGUUUUCCUAUCCAGGUACCUCUCUGUGCUAUCAGGUGGCUCACUGACAUCACUCAGUUGAUGUAUUUUACAUUUGGGCAAGUCAGGAAAGGCAGGGCUGCAUUUCCUACAGAGGCUCUGGCUUUUCUGUAAGUUGUCAUUAGCUUUUAGGUGCUCCAAAUGGUUCAGAAUGGCAUUUCCCAGGGAGGUUUUGUUUAUUCUGCAUGUGUCCAUAGGAGCUGCACAAUAGCCCAUGCAGUAGAAAACAUGAAUGUUAGUGAUAAAGUGUGCAUUCUGAAUAAUAUCCCACGUAAAAUCCUCAGUAGCCACACUUGAGAUUUUCUGCUGUGAAUUCCUCUAAGUAAAUAUUUAGCUGUGUUAUAGUACAUUUGGAACAGGAGCUUUCAAUUUCUUGGCUUUUGUAAAUAUUAUUUAUCUAUUAACAAAUGUCGUUUAUAUCCAUGGCUGCUUCUUUGCCCACUGAGUUACUUCAGUUAUUUUUCAGACAAAAUGUUAAACCAGAAGUUGGGAUUUUCAUAGCUUAAGGCAAAAUCUUGUGUGAAUUUGUCACUGUGGAUGAUGAUGUCCUGCUGUGGGUGUGUUCUGCUGCUUCAGCUUUGAGUCAUGAGGAACCAACAGCAGGAAUUGCUGGAAUUUCAUGGGACUGUGCACACCUUUGUGGCCAUUCCCAAAAAAUCUCUUCCAGGGAAAUGCUCCUCUGGUCUCAUACAGUUGCCAUUUUUUUGCCCUGAAGGUGUGAAGAAUUGUAACUACAAGCAGGAGAAGCACAACUCUAGUUUGUUUUUGGAUUCCUAGAAUGUAAUUAGAUUUUUUUGAAACACCUGGAUGAAUUGAAAUGCAAGUGGUCUGAUGGAGAAUUUAAAAAAAACCAAGACAACACAGUUUAUACUUGAAGAAAACUGUACCAAGCAGUGUCGUAUUGCUCUGCAGUCUGAGGGUUUGCUGCUGAGGGCAGUGCUCAGGGAGGAGGAUUCUCCUCUGGAGACCACAGUUCCACACCAUGUAUUGCCAAUCUUUCCCUACUUGGCAAUUUCCUUCAACUUCUAACAAGAGAAGUUGUUAGAAGAGUUGAAGUUAGAAGUUAUCUGAGAGUUUGUUCUUCUCUUCCUGCAGCCCUCCUUCGGUGUCACAGCUCUCCCUGCUGCAGUGACAUUGCUGUGACCUCGUGCUGAGGCUUUUGCCAUGUGCAAGGGUAGGAAAUUGCCCUUUUUGCCUUCCCUUGGUGCCUGUGUGAUGGUGCUUUACACCCACCACGAAAUCUGCACAGCUUUCUGUAUCCUCACACCUCCCUCAUCCACCCCACCCUGCUGGGUGUGUGUUUGGGUGAUCUCUGCAGGGACCCAUUUUGCAUUUUCAUACAGUAAAAAGAAUAAACCCUCCCUUUUGAGAAGAUCUUUGUGUUUAAAUACAUUUAUUUUGCUGAAUUUCAGGGUGUGUUCCUGUACCAAGCCCCUCCUCUGGUCUGAGCACAGCAGCAGGGAUUUUCAGUGAAAUUCCAGCAGCAGGUGGGGUUUUUUUUGUGCAGGAAGGGAAAGAAAAACUUCUUCAAAGUGAUGUGAUCACUACUGAAAGCAUUAAUUCCUAUGGAGACUGUCAAAUAUUUAGAUUUUUUGCUUGUCUUUAUUGAGAUUUUCUGGGGCUCAAAAGUAAAUAUUGCAAAAUCACAUCUGAUUCCCUCCUCCAGCCUAGAUUUUAAAGGAUUCCAGGUGAUCUGAUCCAGUGACCUGUGGCAUCCCUCUAAGUGUGUUUUAUAGGUCAUGAGUUAAACUUCAGUUAAACUGCUAUUUCAGUCACAUAUGGGGGCUGUAAUGUGAAAAUAUUGAGGGACCAGUCCCUUUUUCAUGCAGAUAAGCUGGAAACCUGUGGCACUGCUGCACAAAGCACCCAGUGGACAUUUGGAGUUUGAACUUUCUCAUGGAAUCAUGGAAUCACAGACAGGUCUGGGUUGGAAAGGACCUUAAAGCUCAUCCAGUUCCACCCUGCCAUGGCAGGGACACCUUCCACUGUCCCAGGCUGCUCCAAGCCACAUCCAGCCUGGCCUUGGACCCUUCCAGGGAUCCAGGAGCAGCCACAGCUCCUUUGGGAAAUCUGUGCCAGGGCCUCCCCACCCACAUAAUGAAAGAAUUUCAUCCCAAUAUCUAAGUUAAAUCUCCCCUCCUUCAGCUGAAGGCCAUUCCCCCUUUUCCUAUCACUUUUUUAUCCCCUUUUUACCUCAAAACAUCAUGUGGUGCCUAGUCCAGGUGCCUGCUGAGCUUCCUACAUCACAUCAGCCAGACACCAGAAGGUUCAGAGGAUCUUCUGUUCUGAAGUAUAUAAUAAAAAUGUAAAGGAUUUCACAUCCAAAUUAACUGGAAUUUGCUUUAAAAAAAAAGAUUCAUAAUUGUAUUUACUUUUCAAACACUUGUGAUAGCCUGGAACCAAAGCAUCACAGUUCUACCACUGCAAUUCUCUGCAUUUUCCCUUUUUUCCCAUCUUUUUUACCAGUCAGGGUGGGGAUUUUUCUAAAUGUUUAAUUCUUUUGGGGUUUUUUGAUAUUUUGUUUCAUUUCAGGGGGUUUGGUAGCUUGUGUCUCUAGUGGCCUGGCAUCUCCUAGGCAGAAUUCUCCUUAAAGGAAGGGCACCUCUUGCUGCUGCAUCUCCACUCUCAGGAGUUGGAAUGCACUAGCUGAAAGCUCUAAAUUGCUAUUUCCACUUUGGCAGCCUACCUUUGAUCUCUCACCAGUUCCAGUUUUAGUUGUAUAAAUCCAUCUCUUGUCAGCCUGUCUGGGGGUGAAGCUCCAGUGUGAAGCUUUUUCUUUUGUCAAAGACUCUCAUGGUGGUGGUGAAUCAGCUGGAGUUGCUGUGGAUUGCAAACAGGGGGUGGAAUUGAUAACAACUAUUAAAUACAAGUCUCUGAUCUCCUGGACACUACCACACUCCUCCCCAGUCUGUGGAAAUGGUUGUGCCAGGACAGCUUUUCUCACAGCCUGUCUAGGAUUUGUAAACAUGCUGGGAUCUGACUGAAGCAGCUUUGUGUUGAGGAUUAUGAUUUGUAUGCACUUUUACAAACUUACAGUAAUUGCUGUUGCCUUCAUUGUAAAGAGCAAAAAAUAAACACACACAAUAAACCCCUUUAAUGGGCACUGAUCCCACUGGCACUGAUCUUGAGCAACUCUGAAUAAAAGCAGAUGGUGGCAGGCUGACUAGGCUGACCUGCUUUCCCCUUUCAUGCAAACAUUGCUUAUAUAAAUGGGGGACACACACAAAAAAUUAAUGGGCUUGGGCAAGCCACCUAAGGACAGAGACUCCCCAUGUACUUAAUGCUUACAUCAGCCCCAGGGCUGUUUCCAGUUAGUUCUUCUCUGGAGGGAGAAAUUUCUCACAAAUUAGUGGUUCCACAGCUCUGAGCCCAUGGUUUAACAAGAAAGAACUGAUGUGCAGCUAGAAAGUAAGAAUGUUUAGCUGUUCUGUGGCCUGUGUGUUGUGGAAGAGAAUCAGAAUAGUCUCUCCUGAACCUGUUGCUCAUUUGUAGACAAAUAAUCGAGUUUGAAGUCCUUUUGCAAAUCAUCUGCUGUCAUAAUGUUGUGAAGAGGCAUUUGAUUUUUGUGGUCUCGUACUAGUUUAAUUCACAUGCCUAUUUGCUAGCAGUGGUGGUAAAAGAAUGUAAAUUGGGAUUCCUGCUUGUUCUAAAGGAUGUGCCUCAGUGUGUCACUGCAACAAGAUGUGACCAGAGGGCUGGAGCACCUCUGCUGUGGAGACAGGCUGGGAGAGCUGGGAUUGUUCAGCCUGGAGAAGAGGAGGCUCCAGGGACACCUCACUGUGGCCUUCCUCACCUUAAAGGGCUCGUAAGAUGGAGGGAGGUGGACUUCUUAUAGAUAGAGGGUGACAGGACAUGGGACAAUGGUUUAGAACUGAAAAGAGUCAGGUGUACAUUCAACAUGAAGAAUAAAUGUUUUGCUGUGAGGGUGGUGAGAACCUGGCACAGGGUGCCCACAGAAGCUGUGGCUGCCCCAUCCCUGGAACUGUUCCAGGCCAGGUUGGAUGGGGCUUGGAGCAACCUGGGGUAGUGGAAAGUGUCCCUGCCCAUGGCAGAGAUUAGGAACUGGAUGAUCUUUAAAGGUCCCUUCUAACCCAAACCAUUUUGUGAUUCCAUAAUUCAGAGAAACAGCAUUCCCUUUCCAGCAGGGCAUUUGGUUAAAGUUCCUGUGUCCAGAAUUCUGCUGCAGCUUCUCACACAGAUUCCAGCCUACAGAGGCAGUUUUCUGAAUAAGAGACAUUUCCACUUUUCAGUCACUCUCUGUGUACAGCCAUCCAUACCAGCUAAGCUGAGUCAGGAGCCAUUCCAGGUCUCAGGCAGACCUGCUGCUGGCUGGCUUAGUUCAGUUGGCACACACACCACAGGCUCUCCUAGGAUGACCAUCCUUACUUGGAUUAACAGUCAUUUAAGUAGG